AUGAGCCUUUUCCUUCUAUUACAUAAGAUUUUUAUUGCCUCUUUCACAGAUUAUGCACUGACUGAAGGCAGUACAAUCACUCCUUUGUGCCAAAAAGGAUAUUUUCCCUGUGGGAAUCUUACCAAGUGUUUACCGCGAGCUUUUCACUGUGACGGCGUGAAUGACUGUGGGAACGGAGCUGACGAGGAGAACUGUGGAGACACUAGUGGAUGGGCGACUAUAUUUGGCACAGUCCAUGGAAAUGCUAAUAUUGUGGCAUUGACACAGGAGUGCUUUCUAAACCAGUAUCCACAACACUGUAACUGCAAAGAAACUGAAUUGGAAUGUAUAAAUGCUGGCUUGAACUCCGUGCCAACGAUUUCCAGCAAUGUGACAUUACUGUCUCUUAAGAAAAACAAAAUUCACAGUCUUCCAGAUAAAGUUUUCAUCAAAUACACAGAACUUAAAAAGAUAUAUCUUCAGCACAAUUGUAUGAGAUACAUAUCCAGGAAAGCAUUUUUUGGAUUACAUAACCUGCAAAUAUUAUAUCUCAGCCACAACUGCAUUACAACUCUCAGACCUGGAGUAUUCAAAGACUUACAUCAGCUAACAUGGCUAAUUCUAGAUGACAAUCCAAUAACCAGAAUUUCACAGCGGUUAUUUACUGGAUUAAAUUCCUUGUUUUUCCUGUCUAUGGUUAAUAACUACUUGGAAGCCCUUCCAGAGCAGAUGUGCGCCCAAAUGUCUCAACUCAACUGGAUGGAUUUGGAAGGCAAUAGAAUAAAAUAUCUUAUGAAUUCCACCUUUCUGUCGUGCAACUCACUCACAGUGCUGUUUCUGCCUAGAAAUCAAAUUGAUUUUGUUCCAGAGAAGACAUUUUCUUCAUUAAAAAAUUUAGGAGAACUGGACCUGUCUAACAAUAUGAUAAUGGAGCUACCACCCCACAUUUUUAAAGACUUGAAGCUUCUACAAAAACUGAAUCUGUCAUCCAAUCCUCUUUUGUAUCUCCACGAGAAGCAGUUUGAAAGUCUUAAACAACUUCAGUCUUUAGACUUGGAAAGGAUAGAGAUUCCAAAUAUAAACACAAGAAUGUUUCAACCCAUGAAGAAUCUUUCUUACAUUUAUUUCAAAAACUUUCGAUACUGCUCCUAUGUUCCCCAUGUCCGAAUAUGUAUGCCCUUGACUGACGGCAUUUCUUCAUUUGAGGACCUCUUGGCUAACAAAAUCCUCAGAAUCUUUGUGUGGGUAUUCGCUUUCAUAACCUGCUUUGGAAAUCUUUUUGUCAUUGGCAUGAGAUCUUUCAUUAAAGCUGAAAAUACGACUCAUGCUACAUCCAUCAAAAUCCUUUGUUGUGCAGACUGCCUCAUGGGUGUUUAUUUGCUCUUCGUUGGCUUUUCUGAUAUAAAAUACCGAGGGCAGUACCAGAAGUACGCACUGCUGUGGAUGGAGAGUUUACAGUGCCGCUUCAUGGGCUUCCUGGCCAUGCUGUCCAUCGAAGUCUCCGUCCUGUUGCUGACGUACCUGACUUUGGAGAAGUUCCUGGUCAUUGUCUUUCCCUUCAGUAACAUUCGCCCUGGAAAACGGCAGACCUCAGUCAUCCUCGUUUGCAUCUGGAUUGUGGGAUUUUUAAUAGCUGUGAUUCCAUUUUGGAACGAGGAUUAUUUUGGAAACUUUUAUGGAAAAAAUGGAGUAUGUUUCCCACUUUAUUAUGACCAAACAGAAGAUAUUGGAAGCAAAGGGUAUUCUCUUGGAAUUUUCCUAGGUGUGAACUUGCUGGCUUUUCUCAUCAUUGUGUUUUCCUAUAUUAUUAUGUUCUGUUCCAUUCAAAAAACUGCCUUGCAGACUUCAGAAGUGAGGAAUCACAUUGGAAGAGAGGUGGCUGUUGCAAAUCGUUUCUUUUUUAUAGUGUUCUCUGAUGCCAUCUGCUGGAUUCCUGUAUUUGUAGUUAAAAUUUUGUCCCUCUUCCCGGUGGAAAUACCAGGCACAAUCACUUCCUGGAUAGUCAUUUUUUUCCUUCCGGUAAACAGUGCCUUGAACCCAAUCCUCUACACUCUCACAACCAGAUUUUUCAAGGACAAGUUGAAACAACUAUUGCACAAACAUUGGAGGAAAUCUAUUUUCAAAACUAAAAAAAAAAGUUUAUCUACAUCCAUUGUGUGGACAGAUGACUCGUCUUUACUUAAACUUGGGAUUUUGAACAAAAUAACCCUUGGGGACAGUACAGUGAAACCAAUUUCCUAGCAAUGGUUUUGGAUCACUGGCCUUUCAAUGGACUACCUAAAACAAGAUACAGCAUUUGGAAGAUGAUGUCUGCAACGCUUUUCACCUUUACCAACGGCAAACCUUUCUGCACGGAGGGCACAGCAGAAUGACUUCUGGCACUGCAUUCCAAUGGCUGCUGUACUAUUUAUCAACUGUGCUAAGAACUGUACCUAAGGGUUCUUCUCUCCCUUACAUGCCUGAAAUGCACAAGUGAAUCCAUAUGUAGUAGGCUGAUAAGCAGUUGAUCUCCAGCUCGUCAACACUACCAACCUACCACUGAAUACCCACAUGUUGGCACUGCAUGGUCUGCUUUUAAAUCCAAUUGCACUAUCCGUAAAAUAAAAAACUUCAUGACAUCUAAUUCCAGUGUGGCCAUAGUAACAUGAGCCUAACAUCUCUUUCUUUGUUUUUUCAAUGUCAAAUGAA